AUGGCCAUGGCUCGCUCCCUCGCGCCCCUCCUCCUCCUCUCCGUCCUCGUCUCCGGCGCCGCCGCCGCGCGGACGGUGGGCGACAGCGUACAGGACGCGUGCAGCAAGUCCCAGUUCCCCAAGGUCUGCGCCGACGGCCUCUCGGCGAAGCCGGAGGCGCAGAAGGCGACCCCUCGCGGGCUGGCGGAGCUCUUCGUGGGCUUCGCCGCCGAGAAGGGCUCGUGGAUGGCCACGUUCCUGCACGGCAAGUUCAACAGCGGCAAGGACAGCACGAUGCUCGACUGCUACGACAGCUGCGGCGAAGACAUCGAGGAGGCCAUGGCCCACCUCAACGGCCUCAUCCGCGAGCCCACCGACGCCAAGCUCCUCGAGCUCAAGUCAUGGCUCUCGUCGACGGUCGGCAGCGGCACCUCCGCCUGCGAGGAGGCCUGCAAGGACGCGCCCAAGACCAGCGACAAGGACGACGUCGUCAACAAAAGCUUUGAGUUCGAGAAGCUGCUGCGCGUCACGCUGGACCUCAUCACCGAGGCGUCCGGAUCCAUGUCCGCCGACAUCGCCCUCCCGCCCUCCGACGCCGCCGCGCCAUCGUCGUACGGGGCGGCGGCGCCGUCCGGAGGCUCGUCCGCGGAGGCCCCCGCCACCUCCGAGGGACCUUCCACCGGUGGCGCCAGCGGUGCCAGCGGCCCGUCUGCUGACUCGCCGGCGGCCGGCGCCGACGCUCCGUCCGGGGCCUCCUCCAGUGCGCCGUCUCCAUCUGGAUCUUCCGCCGCCGAUGCGCCAUCUGGGGACUCCGAUGCGCCGGCGCCGUCGUCUGAUGCCAGCGCUGACGACGACAACGACGACGACGACGACGACACCAAGGCAUGAUGAGCGCCACGACGCGGGCUUCGGUGCCAACUCAAACAUGUUCUUUCCAUCGACAAUUUUUGCCGUCCGUUUCCUAACCACGACCAAUAAAGGCCAUGAUGAUGGGCUGCUUAAGCACAACAUAAGGCCCAUUUAGAUAAUGUUUCUGUAUGUAUGGGCCUGUGUUGGAGCAAAACUGAGGCCCAUAUCAGAGGCCGACACAUAUCGCAUGCAGCCCUCUUAGGGCUUGUUUGUUUUAUUAGCUUCUGACCGUGAAAGCAGCUUGCAGAUUAUAAAUUUUUAUUUUUGAAAUAAUUAAGUUGGAUUGUAACAACCUGGAUUGUAAAAAGCUGUGUCUGCUUUGGCAUCCUGGAUUAUUGUG